CCCCAGCGGCCCUCCACCUGGCUAACCAAAGAGCGCACUGGAGGCGGAGGGGCAGCAGCCACCAGCCCGCUCCCCGCCUCCCGAACAGAGCCUCCGUCAGCAUGGGGGUGACAGGCAGCAGAGGCCAGAAGACCAAGAGAUCUCCAUCGACAUUGAGAAGGCCUCCACAGAAGCCUCGGAGUCUCCUCACACGAGAUACACGAGAGGAGCAGGCAGGCAGGGUGCAUAAGGGGCGGCUGCGGCUGCAGACAGGCCAGCUGCCCCAGUCAGAGCUGGCAGCAACCAUGGCCGCGAAGGAGCAGCAGACCACACUGACAGCAAGGGAAUUUAAGGACCCUGAGGCUACCCACUCGUCUUGGUCAGGCCUGGAUACCAGUUCUCAGAGUCUGACCGAUGAUGGUGGCGUGGUACCUCUGACACCCCGGCAGCUGGCAGCCUUCCAGGAUGUCUUCAAACUCUUCAGCUGCAGCCCAACGGGCACCGUGGACAUGCAGAGCAUGAAAGUCGCGCUGCGCAACGUGGGAAUCCAUCUGGGCCCACAGGAGAUGUGUGAGGCUCUCCGGCUGGCCGACUUGGAUGGUGAUGGAAUCGUAAGCUUCAAGGACUUCCUGGGUGUCCUCACUGACAACCAACGCUUGGCUCAGUGCAUGAGUGAGGGGUUAAGCUUACGGGCAGGGGUCCCCCCGGGCCUGCAGACCCUGUUCCUUGAGAUGCUGUUCAAGUUGCUGAGGCAGGGCUUUGUGCCCUCCAGAUCAGGGCAGGAGGUGACAAGCUACUAUUCCAAGAAGCAGCGGGCUCUGCGGCUGAGCUUGUGCUCUAAGGGCCGGGCGCGCGGCCAGGGUCGGCCUGCGCGUACACACACGGGUCUCACCUUCUUCUGCCAGGCAGCGCGUCUUGGCGGCCUCUCCAGCUCCCAGCUGUCACGCUCCCUGCACAUACUGUACAGAGCAGGUGGGCGCAACCCCUACUCUCAGAUUCCCAAUCUGACCGGGCGCCUGCGACCAGAACGCAGGAUCUCGAACCGAGUCCCAGGCCCCGACAUUCGCCUUCCCAAGCCCCAUCAGCCAGGCCGUCCCAAGCUCCCUCCCAGCCUGGGACCACUCAGCAAAGGUCCCCUCCGCCCUCCCGCCGGGCUAGCAAGCCAGCCACUGGAGCAAAUGCGCCCCGCAAAGCUGGCUCCCUCCCCGCCAACUCUAGUGCAGAAGCACCCUUCCUCCCCUUCGCCAGCCUGUCUGCAGAGAUGUGCUAUGAAGAGCUUGUACAAGUAAAGCGUAUGCUGAGUGAAA